AUGGAAGAAGAUUUUUCAACUAGAGAAGGAAAUCAAUUUAUUGAUGAUGAUGAUGAUGAUAGAAUAAUGGAUGAUUCAACAGCAACAACAAUACUAACAACAACAAUAAAUAAAACAAAUAUAGCUACUAGUUCAACAGUUCCAAAAGAAAAGAAAAAUGUUGUUGUUAAACGAGAUGUUAUCAUUUCUGUUCGUAAAGGUGAAUUUGAAACAGGUUUUGAACGUGGUGGUAAAACAUGUGAACAUGCUAUGUUAAUUAAAACAGCUGCAUGGUAUUCAGAACCAACUGUUAUUGAAUAUUUGGAUAAUAUUCCAUCAUUUAAUCGUAGUAUUGAUGGUCCACUUCGAAUACCAAUUGAAAUGGGUACAAUUGUUAUGGGCAAAAUUGCAUCAGAAUGUUGUGGAGUUGGUGAUCGAUGUGUAAUUAUGCCAAAUCGAACACGUGUUCAAGUUACACAUAUUUAUUAUGAAGAUAUUGAAGCUGAUUCUUGUGUUUGUGGAGAAAAUGUUCGUCUUAAAUUAAAAAAUGUUAAGGAAGAAGUCUAUUUUUUUUAUUAA